AUGGGCUUUAGUGAUACAUGGAUUAAACUUCUAAUGACUUGUGUGUCAUCAGUCUCUUACAAGUUUGUACAUGGUGGAAGGGCGAUGGGUCCUUUGAUCUCUUCUCGGGGCAUUUGCCAAGGUGAUCCUUUGUCUCCAUACUUGUUCAUUGUUUGUGAAAAGGGGUUUUCUUUCCUUCUACAUAGGUAUGAGAUGAAUGGUUCUAUUUGGGGUUGCAAGGUGACUAGGAGAGCUCCAAUGGUUUCUCACAUGUUAUUUGUCGACGAUAAUUAUGUGUAUUGCAAAGUUAUUGAACAAGAAGCCUCUACUGCUCUUAAUCUCCUUCGGGUGUUUGAAGGGAUUCAGGAGGCUGGUGAGAAUAGUACUUAUUUGGGUCUUCCCAAUACUAUGGGUUGUAAGAAGACUGCUAUCUUGGGUUUCCUUAAUGAUUGGUUGAAGAAGCAGAUCCAAGGGUGGGAGGGAAAGCUUCUUUCUCGGGCUGGUAAAGAAGUCCUUCUAAAGGCUAUUGCCCAAUCUCUUCCAAAUUGUGUUAUGAGCGUUUUUCUCUUACCACUGGACAUUUUUAAAGAAUUGGAAUGUCUCAUGGCAAGGCAAACAAGGCUGACAUUUAUUAACUCCAGUUUUGGAAAUUGGUGGGCCAAUUUGAUGUCUCAUUCAAGUACUGGUGUGGUUGAAGAAGCUGUUAUGGUUGCUUUAGGAAUUUGGAGUGCACGCAAUGAGAAGGUCUGGAAUGACAAAUCAUCUAAUGCAGCAACAAUGGUGUUAUCUGCUAGAAUUUCACUUGAACAAUGA